AAAAAUAGCUGAAAACUUAUUUUUCUAAGCGCUAAGUUCAUUUCAAGGGUUCAAAUAACGCAUUUUUCAAUGGCAGGGUUAUUAUUAAGUGAAACCGAAAAAGUGUUUAUACUUCAUGGAGUUCAGGAUGACUAUCGUUCAGAUGGUCGAUCAAAUAUCGACUACCGACCUAUGGAACUGGAAACCGACGUGGUCAGCCAUGCCAGCGGUUCAGCUAGGCUGCGACUAGCGAACACAGACAUUCUAGUUGGUGUUAAAACAGAAAUAGACGUGCCUAAGCCUGAAAAACCAGAUUCAGGGAAAUUAGAAUUCUUUGUGGAUUGUUCAGCCAAUGCUACGCCAGAGUUUGAAGGUCGAGGUGGUGAACAGCUGGCCAGUAGUAUAUCAAACCUGAUGCAAAGAGCAUACAACUCUUCACAAGCAUUCAACUUGAAACAGCUUUGUAUAUUUGAGGGAAAGCAGUGUUGGAAAUUGUACAUUGAUAUCUUGAUUCUAGAAUGUGGAGGCAACCUGUGUGAUGCAGUAUCAUUAGCGGUCAAAGCAGCACUAUUCAACACAAGGAUACCUUUCGUAAAAGCUGCUCUGAUGGACGGUGGGAAUGUAGACCUACAGCUGUCAGACGAUCCUUACGACAGCAAACUGUUAAAUGUUGGCUCUGCACCAUUACUGGUAACACUAUGUAAAAUAGGUGACAGAUGUGUAGUGGACCCAUCUGCAGAAGAAGAGAGUUGCAGUGUUAUAUCUCUGAUUGUGGGUGUGACUGGAAAUGAACAGUAUUAUGCCAGAGAUGAAGACACAAAUGUCAAAACAAUAGAGGGGAAAUGUACCACAAUCGCCAUGAAUGGACCAGGCAGUGUCGCACCGAAAACUUUGAAAGAUGCUAUUAAUCAGGGAAUAAUGGCAGCUAAAUCGCUUGAUGAAGCGUUAGGACACGCUCUAUUGAGGGAGAGACAAGAAAAUGUAGGCCUCAAAAAACAUUCUUAUGGAUUCUUAAAAUAAAUCAAUGGAUAAAA